CUAUAUAUAGCAGUUCUACAUACUCUUUGUUAGAUAAAAAGUCUCUCUUAACAUUUUAUAGCUAGGGAGCCAUUCUUGCUGAUCUCUUGUUUUCUAUUUAAAGCCUUUGCUUCGUUGUUGUUGCCAACAAGCCUUCCAGCCUCAUUCUCUUACUAGUUCCUUCUAUUCCACCCCCAUUAAAGCUAAGAGAAUAUAUUUGUAAAACCCACCCCUUUUCUUUUAUUAGUGGUGGAUUUUUCGGAAAUUAAAACUGAUUAAGGUUUACUCAAUCCCUUACCGUAAGAUUGUCUUAAUUGAAGAACUAUAAAAAGCCACCUUUUCUUCUCCAGUACGAAUUGAUCUCUGGAAAAUGGCGUGUAUGGUUGCUCGAUCAGGGAGGGAGUUGCAGAGAUAUGAUGACAUGGGCCGCCGCCAAGUUGUUGGAUGCAUCCCAUAUAGAUUCAAAAAUUGUAGUGAUGGUUUCAAUGGUGAUGAAUUGGAGGUUCUAGUCAUCACUUCACAGAAGGGUCAAACCCAAGGAAUGAUGUUCCCUAAGGGUGGCUGGGAACUCGAUGAGUCCGUGGAAGAAGCAGCUUCCAGGGAAUCGCUUGAAGAAGCCGGGGUUCUUGGCAAUGUUGAGGAUGAACUAGGCAAAUGGAACUUUUUAAGCAAAAGACAUGGCACAUUUUACGAAGGAUUUAUGUUCCCUUUGUUUGUGACAAAGCAACUUGAUCUUUGGCCGGAGAAGAGUGUCAGGCAAAGAAUUUGGAUGACCGUGGACGAAGCCAGAGAAGUUUGUAGGCAUUGGUGGAUGAAGGAGGCCUUGGACAUAUUAGUUGAGCGGCAUACAUCUCUGCAACAACUACAGAAGGAAGAACUUGCGCUGUCAUGCUCUUUAAGUUAGGAAAGAUUAGAUUAUUUGUACAUAACAGUUCCCAAAGUCUCAAUGCACCAUGUCUUCAUGGAAGCAGAAGACGGAUCGAGAACUAGUAAUCAGGCCAAGGCGUGCGGAUUUAAGGCGCACGAUUGUAGAAAAAGAAAUUGACAACCAUCGUUUUCUUUAUUGGAGGCUAAUAUAAUAAUUAAAUCAAAGCACGACAAAGUAGUUGAAAAAUAUUACAUUCA